GGAACGCGCCCGGAACCCGCCCGGCCGCUCCGCCCGGCCCGGCCCGUCCUGCCCCGACCCGUCCUGCCGGUCCUGCCGGGGCUGCCGGAGCCUCCCUGCCCCGAGCGCGGCCUUCGGCCUCCUCCUCGUCCUCCUCAGCUUCCUCCAGACUCUUCCAACCUCGUCCAGACGUCCUCAGCUUCCUCCAGWGCUCCUCAGCCUGCUCUGCCUCCAGCCUCCUUCCACCCUUCUCCGUCCUCCCCGCGCUCUCCUCAUCCUCCUCCAAACCUCCUCACCCUCCUCAUCCUCCUCAUCCUCUAAACCUCCUCAUCCUCCUCCAAACCUCCCCGAUCUUCUUCUCCCACCUGCCACCCUCUUUCCCAACUUCCUCCAACCUCCUUUCCCACUUUCCCAUUUUCUCCAGCCUCCUCACCCUCCAUCCACGCUCCUUUCCUUCCUCCCGACCUUCUCCAUCCUCCUCACCCUCCAUCCACGCUCCUUUCCCAUUUCCCGACCCUCUCCAUCCUCCUCACCCUCCAUCCACGCUCUUUCCCCUCCUCCGGAGCUCUCCCGAUCUCUCUCCCCGCUCUCUCCCCGCUCUCCCCGCCGUCUCUCCCCGAUGUCSGUCUCCAUCCCCCGGCAGCCGCUCCGCAGCAGCGCGGCCGUUCCGGGCCGUUCCUUCUCCUCGCGUUCCUUCACGGCCGGCCCGGCGCUCAGGAUGAGCACGGCGCCGUUUUUCGGCCCUUACGGGGGUCUCCGCGGCGGCCCCGGGGGUUUUGGGGGUCCCUCGGGGGGGAUCACGGCUGUCACCAUCAACCGCAGCCUGCUGACGCCGCUGGACGUGGCCGUGGACCCCGAGCUGCAGGAGCUGCGCCGGGAGGAGAAGGAGCAGAUCAAGACCCUCAACGAUAAAUUCGCCUCCUUCAUCGACAAGGUGGGGCUGGAGGGGACCCCGAGGCGGGGUGCGACCACCCUGGGGACGUCCUGGGACACUGAGACCCUCCCUGGGACCCUCUGA